AUGCAUACGUGUAUGGUGUGCGGCAAUAAAUCUAAAAACACCAAGGUCAAUCGUCCAGGAGUAAUUUAUCAUGGAAUUCCCAAAAAUUCAUACAUGAGAAGAAAAUGGCUUAAAGUUUUUGGAAUUGAUCAGUUUCAUGAUUGGCAACGUAUAUGUGGUGAUCAUUUUUUAGAAGGAAACUAUAAGCCAGGAAAAAAGCGAUUUUUAUUUUCAAAUGCUAUUCCCCAACCUUAUGAUCAAAAUGGUUUUCCUUCUAAUUAUGCUACUCAAAAUAAUGAUAUUGAAACUGGAAAUAAUUUAAUUUUACCAAUUGAACAAAAUAUGCCGGACCAUACCUUAGGAUUUGGAUUACGAUGUUCCGUUAAAAACUGCUUUAACAGGUUUUCAAAGAAUCUUACUUUCUUUGGCUAUCCUAAGGAUUUCACGCUGAGGAAAAAAUGGAUUGAAAAAUGCGGUAUAAAAAUAGAUCCCUCUAAAAUAGUAAUGAGUAGUACAAGAGUUUGUAGUACACAUUUUGAAAUCGAUUGUUUCAAAAAUAUCGAAUUAAAGAACAGAUUAAAACCAUCUGCUAUUCCAUCAUUAUUUUUGGAUAACGCCCCUAAUGCAUUGCCUGUGUCAACUGAUGAGGUAUUGAGUACAUGUGAAGAUCAAUUCAUACGUCCAAUUGAUAAUGAAGCUGCUGAACAGUCCUCAGAAGAAAAACAAUACAAUGUAAAAGAUAAUUCUUCCAUGGCAAUUGACCUUACAAUUGAUGAUUUAUCUAAUGAUUCGUUGUCCAUUACUUUGGAACCCAUUGAGAAAAGAACCUCACAAUGUAUUAUAAUGGAUGUUUGCAAUACUGAAGAUCUUAAAAUUGAUGAACACGGGUUUAUUUUUGAAAUGACUAAGGAAGUAAAACUUCCUAGUUCAUCUUGGAAGAGUGAAAACCUUAAUUCAAAAAAUGCAACACGAUUUUAUCAACGAAACAUCGAUGGUGUAACUAUGAAGAUAGUCCUUUUUCUUAAUAACCUGGUGCCAACAAUACAAAUAUAUGGCAAGAAAUAUGAAUAUACAACGCCUAUCAAAACAAAGAAGGAGUUGGAAGAUCUCUUAGAAAAAGUCGAUAGUAUUGAAAAAUGUUGCGGUAGGGGUGGAUUUGUCUUUAAACAAUGUUUAGGCUAUUUUGAAAAUAGUUUAGUCAAUAUGUGUUCUGGCUGUGAAGGGUUGGUAAAAGAUCGAGAUUUGCAAAGAAUGAAAUCAAAACUUGAAACGAUAAACAAAAGUAUGGAAAGUUUUGACAACAGAGUGAGUUUAAUGGAUUAUCUUAAGUCUUAA